AUGGACAACCGGCCCACUUCCGAGUACGCACAGCCAGGUUCGCACCACCACCCGCCUACCGACGCACCUUCUGAACAAAAAUCCGCAGACCCAACUGCUGCUGCCAGUGCUCACUACACCCCGCAACCUGAGGUUCGACCGAAUCCUCAGUAUACGCCGCAGCCUGAGGUUCGGCCCAACAUCUCUACCUCCAACACCCCUCAAUCCGACUACGGUCUGAACCCUCCGCCCACCGCCCGCUCGCCUGCAUACCAAGACUAUCUCCACCGUCCUUCCUACGCUCCCAACUCUCAACCCGCUGGCAGCGCAGGUAUGGCUCAAGCAACAAAUCCUUCCCUCCCGGCCAAUAGCCCCACCUACCCUCCUCCCUACUCUCCCUAUCAGCCUCAGGGGCACGAGAUGGCUCAAUACCAGGGCCAUCCCCCUCCACCUCAGCACAUGUACGCGCGCCCGGAUUGGCCACACAGCUAUGGGCAACAGCACCAUCUACCGGGCCCCUAUGCCUCUCCUGCUACAACGGUUGGUUCCGCCUCCCCUACCGCGACUGCAGAGUCGCGCCCUGGACAGGUCUACUCAUUUGUUCCGAUUCCCGGCUCGGCGCAACACAAGCGCCCACGUCGUCGCUACGAGGAAAUUGAGCGCAUGUACAAAUGUGGAUGGCAGGGAUGUGAAAAAGCGUAUGGUACUCUGAAUCACUUGAAUGCACACGUGACUAUGCAGUCACACGGUGCGAAGCGUACUCCCGACGAGUUCAAGGAAAUCCGCAAGGAAUGGAAAGCCCGCAAGAAGGAAGAAGAGGCUCAGCGUAAGGCUGUCGAGGAGCGUGAGCGUGCCGCCGCUCAGGCCGUCCAAGCCAACCAGGUUGAAGCUCCCAACCCCUCCGACCCUUCUCACGGCCAACCACCUGCCUACGGUGGUGGUGUUCGCCCUCAGCUUCCCCCCAUCGGAUACCAGCCCGCCGACAGCCAGGUCCCUGGGCCGUAUGGUGGCCCUCCUGGUGGUGGAAUGGUCUACCAGAACAAUGGACAAAUGGCCUACCCUCCCAACUAUCCUCACUCUCCCUACCAGAGCGGACCGGUGUACCCGCAACGUGAGUAA